AUGGCGGAUCCACUGAGUUUAUUGAGGCAAUACAAUGUGAACAAGAAGGAAAUAAUCGAAAGAGAAAGCCAAAUCAUAUUUGGAGAGUUCUCUUGGCCGAAAAAUGUGAAGACAAACUACUUGAUGUGGGGGUCCGGAAAGGAUGGAGCACCGAAAGAAUAUUACACUCUGGAAUGUCUACUAUUUCUGCUUAAAAAUGUUGGACUCACUCAUCCUGUCUAUGUCCGACAAGCUGCUGCUGAAAAUAUUCCAGUUGUGCGACGUCCUGAUCGUAAGGAUCUGUUGGCAUAUCUUAAUGGGGAAACAGCCACAGCAGCUAGUAUUGAUAAGUCAGCUCCUCUUGAGAUCCCUACUCAAGUCAAACGCACAGCAGAAACUGAAAGUAUUGAAACGGUAGCAAAGAAACCCCGUCUUGAAGACCUGCAGGUGCAGAGAGUCAAGGAGCAACUUGCAGCUCGUUUGGAUGCCCCUAAGGAGGCAUCUGUUACCAUCGACAAUAUUAAAUCUCUAUCCGAAGCUAUGUCAGUUGAAAAAAUUGCUGCUAUCAAAGCCAAACGUCUUGCUAAAAAACGAACAACCAUCAAAGGUACUGAUGAACCAGGCCUGGGUUCAGAUUUAAGGGGAAUGCUUGAUUUUGAUGUGGACGUUACCAAAGAUAUUUUGUCAAGAGAGAGGCAGUGGCGGACGAGAACUACCAUCCUGCAAAGUACAGGAAAGAUUUUUGCUAAAAAUAUAUUAGCAAUACUUACUUCUAUCAAAGCCCGUGAAGAGGGAAGAAAUCGACCUCCUCAACCCACACCAGCAAUCACUCCCAGAGCUACCCCAAUGCGAACAGUGCCUCAACCUACUAUGUACAACCGUUACGAUCAGGAAAGAUUUAUCCGGCAAAAGGAAGAAACUGAGGGCUUUAAAAUUGAUACCAUGGGAACUUAUCAUGGUAUGACACUGAAGUCUGUGACUGAAGGGACACAGCCCAAAAAGCCCACACCUCAACCAAACCCGAUGCCUGCACCUCAAGCGCAACCAAGAGUAGGAUCUAUGAGCCCUAUUUCAACCAACAAACGACCAUCAAGAACGCCCAUAAUUAUCAUUCCAGCAGCAAACACAUCCCUUAUAACAAUGUACAACGCCCGUGAUAUUUUGCAAGAUCUGAAAUUUGUUAGCACUGAUGAAAAGAAAGCUCAAGGUGCGAAGAGAGACAAUGAAAUUUUACUCCAGCGGCGGAAGGAAGGUGGUCUUACAGUUCCUUAUCGAAUCGUAGAUAAUCCCAGCAAACUGAACCAUGCUGAUUGGGAGAGAGUUGUUGCUGUGUUUGUAAUGGGACCUGCCUGGCAGUUCAAGGGUUGGCCGUGGGAUGGAAAUCCAACUGAAAUUUUCUCUAAAAUCUGUGCUUUUCACUUGAAGUAUGACGAAAUGAAACUUGAUGCGAAUGUUGGACGGUGGGCUGUACAUGUGGUGCACCUGUCGAGAACUAAGAGACAUUUAGACAGAGCUGCUCUCAUGGUUAUAUGGGAGAAAUUAGACAAGUACAUUAUGAAGGAGAAACCCCAUCUUCGUUACUAGUGCCUUCUGAAUUUUUGGUAUCUAGACAGAGGCGGUUUCUGAAGUGCAUUUGUAGAUAGUGUUAACAGUUGUACAAUUGUGUAAAACGAUAGAAGUUCAGGAACUGUGCAAUAGUACUGUGUAUUGAGGUAUCAUUUCAAUAAAUUUUAAGUCCUGUUUCUUUU